AUGGUUGGCAGCAUGGAAGCUGGCAGCAAUGUGGGGGGCAGCAGCGUGGGGCGCAAAUCCCAGCGCAGCAGGGUGGUUUGGCAAGCCUCUCAAAAGGAGGCCCUGCUAUCAGCUUUCAGCAAGAGUCCUUACGUGAGCUUUGCACAGAGGCAGAACCUGGCCAGUCAAAUGGGGGUCCCCGAUUCCUGCAUCCGCGUGUGGUUUCAGAACCGCAGAAGUCGCACUGGAGCCGUGGGGCAGGAGCUUGGUUCCAGGGCACAGGGUGGAGGCAUGCCGUCAGACCACCGGCGGCCUCGCACUCGAAUCACUUCAGCCCAGCGCAGGAUCCUACUGCAAGCCUUCGAGAGGAACCCGCGGCCAGGCUUUGCUACUCGGGAGGAGCUGGCACAGAGGACAGGUUUGCUCGAGGACACGGUCUACAUCUGGUUUCAGAACAGAAGAGCGCGGUGCCUCAGCAGGGGCAGGCCCACAGCUCAAGAUCAAGACUUGCUGGCCUCAAGUGGGGCAGAUGAGGCCCGCGGAGGUGCGGGUGCCAGGGAGCAUGAAGGUGCCCGGGACAGCUUGUUGCCCCUGGCUGCUGCAGGGCUUACAGAUUCCUCCAGUCCCAGCGACCUGCCAACCUUCUGCACAGAGUCCCAGCUGUGCCAAUCGGAAGAGCCCUGUGGACCAGUCCAAGAAGAGGCCCCCGCUCAAGCAAGGAACACAGGCCCUCUCGAGCUGUUCCUUCCUCAAUGGCUAGACCAAGCCCAAGCGGAGGAGCUUGUGCCAGCCCCUCUGGAUUUGGAUGGAGUUCUGGAUGGCAGGGAGCUGGAAGGUGCCCACGACAGCUUGUUGCCACUGCCUCCCACUGGCGGUGUGGCCAUGGAUCCAUCGAGUCCCAGCGACCUCCCGACCUUCUGCACAGAAUCCCAGCCAUCCCAAGUGGAAGAGCCCUCCGGACCAGGCCAAGCACAGGCCCCCACUCAAGCAAGCAACACAAACCCUCUGGACUUCUUCCUUGAUCAACUGCUGACCGAGGUCCAAGUGGAGGAGCAUGGGUCAGCUCCUCUGGAUCUGGAGCCAAUAGACACAGUGCAAAGGCGUGGCAGGUGUGGCGCUUGGAAACCUGACCCCGAAGGGAAGGUCCUGGUGUUGGCUGUAGCCCAAGGCGCGUGUGGAGUAGGCGGGGCUAGCGGAGCAGAGGCAGAGACCAUGGUUGGCAGCAUGGAAGCUGGCAGCAAUGUGGGGGGCAGCAGCGUGGGGCGCAAAUCCCAGCGCAGCAGGGUGGUUUGGCAAGCCUCUCAAAAGGAGGCCCUGCUAUCAGCUUUCAGCAAGAGUCCUUACGUGAGCUUUGCACAGAGGCAGAACCUGGCCAGUCAAAUGGGGGUCCCCGAUUCCUGCAUCCGCGUGUGGUUUCAGAACCGCAGAAGUCGCACUGGAGCCGUGGGGCAGGAGCUUGGUUCCAGGGCACAGGGUGGAGGCAUGCCGUCAGACCACAGGCGGCCUCGCACUCGAAUCACUUCAGCCCAGCGCAGGAUCCUACUGCAAGCCUUCGAGAGGAACCCGCGGCCAGGCUUUGCUACUCGGGAGGAGCUGGCACAGAGGACAGGUUUGCUCGAGGACACGGUCUACAUCUGGUUUCAGAACAGAAGAGCGCGGUGCCUCAGCAGGGGCAGGCCCACAGCUCAAGAUCAAGACUUGCUGGCCUCAAGUGGGGCAGAUGAGGCCCGCGGAGGUGCGGGUGCCAGGGAGCAUGAAGGUGCCCGGGACAGCUUGUUGCCCCUGGCUGCUGCAGGGCUUACAGAUUCCUCCAGUCCCAGCGACCUGCCAAACUUCUGCACAGAGUCCCAGCUGUGCCAAUCGGAAGAGCCCUGUGGACCAGUCCAAGAAGAGGCCCCCGCUCAAGCAAGGAACACAGGCCCUCUCGAGCUGUUCCUUCCUCAAUGGCUAGACCAAGCCCAAGCGGAGGAGCUUGUGCCAGCCCCUCUGGAUUUGGAUGGAGUUCUGGAUGGCAGGGAGCUGGAAGGUGCCCACGACAGCUUGUUGCCACUGCCUCCCACUGGCGGUGUGGCCAUGGAUCCAUCGAGUCCCAGCGACCUCCCGACCUUCUGCACAGAAUCCCAGCCAUCCCAAGUGGAAGAGCCCUCCGGACCAGGCCAAGCACAGGCCCCCACUCAAGCAAGCAACACAAACCCUCUGGACUUCUUCCUUGAUCAACUGCUGACCGAGGUCCAAGUGGAGGAGCAUGGGUCAGCUCCUCUGGAUCUGGAGCCAAUAGACACAGUAGCUGAGCUGUCUCUUACUCAAGAGGAUUACCAGGCUCUGCUGGAUAUGCUCUGA